AAUUUUCUUAAUACGGUCACAUUGGGCUGUCGAAAGCCGCCGUUUUUUCUGCUUUGCUACCCGGUAAAAUGAGUUUUGUGCUGCAAUAAACAGGAAAUAAAACCCAUUCUCCGUUGCCGAUCGCAUCCUGAGACCAAAAACGAUCCCAGUGCGCGGACAACUAAGAAGCUUCCCAGCAAGGAGUUGCAAGUGAACAGUUUUCGUGGCCCAUUGAUUUUUUUUCUACCCCGCUUCAGCUGACAAAGUAGCAAUUGCUUAUUCGGAGAAACAGUUUGGAAAAAUGUCGCGGCAUCCCAGCGAUAGAAAGGUCUAUGUCGGAGACCUGGGCAACAACGCCCGCAAGAACGACCUGGAGUAUGUGUUUGGGGCCUAUGGAAGUCUUCGCAGUGUUUGGAUCGCCCGCAACCCACCGGGCUUCGCCUUUGUUGAGUUCGAGAGCGCCCGGGACGCGGCGGACGCUGUACGCGGAUUGGACGGCCGGACUGUGUGUGGACGCAGGGCCCGUGUGGAACUGUCCACGGGCAAAUACGCCAGAUCUGGCGGUGGUGGUGGAGGAGGCGGCGGUGGAGGAGGAGGACGCGACCGUGGAGGCGGUGGCGGAGGAAGAGGCGAUGAUAAGUGCUACGAGUGUGGCGGACGAGGACACUUUGCACGCCAUUGCCGGGAUCGGAAGCCCAGACGUCGCAGAAGCAACUCGCUGAGCAGAUCUCGCAGUACAUCCCGUCGUCGACGCACUCGCUCCAAGUCCGGCACCCGGUCACGCAGUCGCUCUGCUGGCUCCGUCGGCCGUCGCUCGGGACGAUCAAAUGGACGCGAGGAGAACGGUUCGGCGACCCGAUACAGUGACCAUGAACGCAACGGAGGCAGCGGAGCUGUGGAAUCACCGCCACCGCCGAAGAGGCGCUACGACGACGAUGAUGAUGAUCGCGUGAGGCCCUCACGCUCCAGAUCCAGAUCCCGUUCGGCGUCACCGGCAGCGCGUCGUGGCUCGCCGCCCAGGCGCCGUGCCGAUUCGUCCGCCUCACGAUCCCCGUUCAGGGACUAGCGACACCGGAUGGAUGCAGACGAGGCCAGAACGGCGAAAUAAACGGCCCUGAGCUGCAACCCCUCUGAUGCCGGAGAGAAAUGGGGCGACUGGCAACUGGACUUCCCGCAUUCCCAAUCCUUUACACAUGUAGCAACAGACAGAUAGAUUUCCCAAAAAAAAACUACUUUUCAUUCAGUAUCCCGUUUAAAGUUUAGUUGUCCAGAUCCAUAUUAGUUAAGGAUUUUAUUUAUAGUGGAACUCUCGAGUAGACGCACUUGGGUAUUAUUCUGUUCCAAAAGAAAAAAAACAAGAAGAAGCACAUUCUGAGGAAGAGCUUUCGAACGUCAUCUGACAGAGGAAGAGAUUUAAAGAACGGAUCGGCAGACGCAAAGUGUAUCGAUCUAGUCAUGUUUGCUUUUUAAAAAAAAAACUUAUUUGCUUUUGAAAUUAUUCGCUAACCCUGGAAUUAUACUCGAAUGCUAAGGAGGAGACGAAGACCAUUUUAAUGUCAAUUCAAAACAUUUUUUUAACUUUAACGCCCAUAUUAAAUCUCAAUACAGUUGAUAAUUCGACUCCAACUCUG